CACUGGAUCUUCCAUACUGUCAGAGAGAUCGACUUUCACCAUGUCAGAUAUGUCUAGGUCUGGCAUGGAUCUAGAUGCCAGCAUGCUGAAUGAUUCCAAAAGCAGUUCAGAUGAUGAACUCUGUGACUUGGAUGAUCCCAGUUAUACAGAGUCAGCUGAGGAUUCUACUAAGCUGCUUCUGUCAGAAGAGGAUAAUGACCUGCUGGAAACUAAAGGAGUUCCAUUCAAAAGACACAUGAACAGGUUCCAGUGCCCUUUCUGCUCCUUCUUGACCAUGCACCGGCGUAGUAUUUCUCGUCACAUAGAAAACAUACACUUAUCUGGCAAAGCUACGGUGUAUAAAUGUGACGAGUGCCCCUUUCUUUGCACCAACCCACUUAAACUUGACGCGCACAAACAAUGUCACGGUGGGUCUUCCGAAUGGGACACUAUGGACCUAACCAGUGAAAGUGUAGAUGGUCCGGCUGAACGCUCCGAGCCGGUGAACAGGGGAAAUGGCAGCUCUAAAAUCAACGGGAAAAAAUCCAGCACAGUCGAAGAACAGCAGGGUCCUCAUCGGUGCUCACUGUGUAACUUUUCCACCAUCACACUGAAAGGUCUACGUGUCCACCAGCAACACAAACACUCAUACUGUGAUGGAACACAAGUCACAAGUCAAGAGGGCUCGUCCAAUGAGCAGCAAGAUUCGGAGUCCGAGUCCUACAGCUCCUUGAGCUUCGUUCAGAAAACUCAGACCUCAAUCCUUGGAAUUUCAACCAAGAAGCAUCUUAUUGGGAAGACGGCAAGAAAGUCCAUCAAUGAUUUGCCUUUGGAUCUCUCUCCUGUCAAAAAACGGACGAGGAUUGAUGAAAUUGCGAACAAUCUCCAGAGCAAGAUUAGUCAAAGCCAGCAGCACGAAGAUGUGAUUAACCUUGAGGAGAUGGAUGAUGGCGUGGAGGAGAAUGGGAAUCACAUCGAUUUAGAAACAAGCAAAGAGAGAGAAACCUCUAAUGCUCGAAGUCAGCACUACACCUUCAACACUCAGCACCUUCAUGUUAGAAAUUCUGGAAGUCUUCAGACAGAGCGUGGUGUUGGGAAAAGAAAACGCAAUCUGCAGUCCAAACUUGGAUCAAGAAACAUUCCUGUUCAAGUAACCAUUUCUGAUGAUGAAGACAAUUACAGUGCCUCUAUGGAAUCUAAAGAUGCCCAAGAUCAAAGCAGCCAAGAUAGCAGAGAGAUAUAUCAAGACAACACUGAAUACAAUACUGAAGAACCUGGGAACCUGUUCUACUGCAAACAUUGCGAGUACCAAAACAAGUCUGCUCGCAGUGUCAGCACACACUACCAGAGAAUGCACCCUUAUAUCAAGUUUAGCUUCAGAUACAUCCUGGACCCAGAGGAUCAGAGCGCAGUCUUCCGUUGUCUCGAGUGCUUCAUCGAAUAUAACAACUUUAAUGAUCUGCACCAGCACUAUAUGACACACCAUCCAGAAGCAAGCAACGUUUUGAACUUUAACCAGCCAGAUCUGGUGUACAUGUGCCGUUUCUGUUCCUACACAAGUCCAAAUGUGCGGAGCCUGAUGCCCCACUAUCAAAGAAUGCACCCUUCAGUGAAGAUCAACAAUGCCAUGAUCUUCUCCAGCUACAUGGUCGAUCAGCCUCAUAAGAGUGCUGCUGAGUCCCAAACACUGAGGGAAAUCUUGAAUUCUGGGCCCAAGAGUUUCAGCCCCACCUCAUCUGGGUCCAGAUCAUCAUCCAGUCCUGCUCUCAAAAGCAUCUGCAAAACGCCAGAAGCAAACACUGAGACUGAAGCUUUUCGAGAAAGUCUGGGUGGUAAUGUGGUGGUUUACGACUGUGAUGUCUGUUCUUUCUCAAGUCCCAACAUGCACUCCGUAUUGGUCCAUUAUCAGAAAAAACACCCCGAGCAAAAGGCCUCCUACUUCCGCAUACAGAAGACCAUGCGGGUCAUAUCUGUUGACCCAGCACAGUUGUCGAACAAUUCAACCUACAGCCUGACGAGCACCCCCAAGUCUUCAAACGUCAUCUUGCCUGUGGCUCUGGAUGAAGAUGUUUACUACUGCAAACACUGUGUCUACAACAACCGCUCUGUAGUGGGCGUUCUGGUCCACUAUCAAAAAAGACAUCCGGAGAUUAAGGUGACAGCAAAGUACAUAAAACAAGCACCCCCAACUCCGGGACUGCUGAAACUCAUGGAUGAGUUACAAAUCGCACCCCCUAAACAGUUUCUGAAGCAAUUCAACAACAACGGUAUUGAAGGAUCAAGUAAUUCCAACACUAAAGGAGCAUCCGACCAAGGGGAACCUGAAAUGCUGUUCUUCUGCCAGCACUGCGACUAUGGGAACCGCACUGUGAAGGGGGUUUUGAUUCACUACCAGAAGAAGCACAGGGACGUGAAAGCCAAUGCCGACCUCGUCCGUAGACACACGGCUGUGGUCAGGAGUCAGAGAGAACGAGCGCAGAUGAUCCAAGCGGGAAGUUCCACGUCCACUGCAACUGUAGCUACUGAAGCAGAAAAAUCCAGGGCGUUACGAUCUUUGAAGUGUAGACACUGUGUGUACACAUCUCCUUAUGUGUAUGCCUUGAAGAAGCAUUUGAAGAAGGAUCAUCCUACUGUGAAGGCCACGGCCAUGACGAUCUUACACUGGGCUUAUCAGGACGGUGUGUUAGAGGCUGGUUAUCACUGUGAGUGGUGCAUAUAUUCUCACGCUGAACCAAGCGGGCUGCUCAUGCAUUACCAAAGACGCCAUCCUGAGCACAACGUCGACUACACUUACAUGGCCAGCAAACUGUGGGCUGGUCCUGAUACUUCCGCCAGCAGACAAGCUGGGAACUCUGAAGCGAAGCAUUACCAAUGCAGAGAUUGUGCCUUUGAGGCGUGCUCCAUCUGGGACAUUACUAACCAUUACCAAGCAGUACACCCUUGGGCCGUCAAAGGUGACGAGUCUGUCCUGCUCGACAUUAUCAAGGGAAACCAAGCACCUGAUAAGCUGCUCCCACAACUGCCCAAAGGACACGUUUCAAUGUACAGUCCGUUCAACAGCAACCAGCAGGAAGAGACUGCAGUUGAAGUCAGUCGCCGAACACAUGAGCGACAACCUAAUCUCUCUCUGUCUGUCGCGUCGUCUAUCUCAAACAACCCUUACCAGUGCACCGUGUGCUUGUCUGAGUACAACAGUCUUCAUGGACUUCUGACCCACUAUGGCAAAAAACACCCGGGCAUGAAAGUGAAAGCUGCUGACUUCGCUCAGGAUGCAGACAUCAACCCUAGCUCUGUUUACAAGUGCAGACAAUGUCCGUACGUGAACUCGCGCAUCCAUGGAGUACUCACACACUACCAGAAACGACAUCCUUCCAUCAAAGUCACGGCUGAAGACUUUGCCGAUGAUGUCGAGCAGGUAAACGAGUUGGUUAACGAGGGGGAUGAGCGAUCUAAAACCCAGAGGCAGGGCUACGGUGCUUACCGCUGCAAGAUGUGCCCUUACACACAUGGCACUUUAGAGAAACUCAAGAUACACUAUGAGAAAUAUCAUAACCAGUCUGCCGCAAACAUUUUCAGAACAGCUGCCAUGCAGUCACCAACCAGAAGAGACGAUUUGGUUGCUGAAUGCAGUAGCAGCAGUGUGACCAAAGUCUCUGAGGUCUGUGACUUUGACCUCGCAAUUCCCGAAGUCGCAAAGAGUGACAAUAAUGCGGUGUUUACAUGUCAGCUGUGCAAAUACUUCUGCUCCACCCGGAAAGGUAUUGCUCGUCACUACCGUAUCAAGCAUAACAAUGUCAGAGCGCAGCCCGAAGGGAAGAACAAUGUCUUUAAAUGUGCCCUCUGUUCCUACACCAACCCCAUCCGCAAAGGCCUCGCAGCACACUACCAGAAACGGCACGACAUUGAUGCCUACUACACGCAUUGCUUGGCAGCAUCCAAGACGGUGGGGGAGAAACCGAACAAGGUGAUGGUGCCCUUGGCGUCAGAUGCAGAGGCUCCAGCGAUGAGCGAAGAGCUAAGGCUUGCGGUGGACCGAAGGAAAUGUUCGCUCUGCUCCUUCCAGGCUUUCAGCAGAAAGAGUAUAGUUUCUCAUUACAUAAAGCGCCACCCAGGAGUCUUUCCCAAGAAGCAGCCCUCCAGCAAACUGGGCCGUUACUUCACUGUGAUCUAUUCCAAGGAGGCAGAGAAACCUCCAUCUACGGAGGAGGUGGAAAUCGUUGAAGUUAAGGAUGAGGUGGAACCUGAAGGUGACGUGGACUGGCUCCCCUUUAAAUGCCUGAAAUGCUUCAAGCUGUCGUUCAGCUCGGCGGAGCUGCUGGUGAUGCAUUACAAUGACUGUCAUGACAAGGAGCUCAAGCGGGAUUUCGUCAACAUUCCGAGCCCAGCAGAAGAUGGGAUGGAGCUCUACCAGUGCACCCACUGUGAAAUCAAGUUCUUGACUCUUCCAGAACUCAGCGUCCAUCUGAUAAACCACAAUGAGGAUUUCCAGAAAAGAGCCAUGAGGCUAGAAAGAAGAAAACAGCUUCAAAGCAAGCAGAGGACGACGGAGCCACCAGAAGCCAAACCAGAGAAUAAGGUGGAGAGCACACCCGAUAAGACUCCCAUCGGCUACAGGUGCAACUUCUGCGUGGAGGUCCACACCACCCUCCGGGCCAUCUGCAACCACCUGAGAAAGCAUGUGCAGUAUGGGGAGGCCAAGGAGGGACACGUGAAGCAGGAAGCAGCGGAGAUGCCUGUUGCUGUUCCCAUGGUCGGAAUCACCAACGGUGACGUGGAGGAUGUGGUUGCCAUGGACGCUGACCCAUUGGAGACUACUGGUGCAUCACCGCCUGACGUCACCAUGGAGACCAUGGAGCCGGUGGCCGUGGAAACUGAGCCGAUGGUUGGGCCGCUGGAGCCGGAGAAGGAGCGUGUGGUUCCUGGGCAUCCGUGCAGUAUGUGCAAUCGUAUGUUCAUGUCCAUGCAGGGCCUGCGCUCUCACGAGAGGAGCCACUCAGCUGUAGCGCUCGUCAACAGAAACGACAAAUACAGCUGCCAGUACUGUCAGUUUGCCUCGCCGUUCAGACACAAUCUGGACCGUCACAUCCAGUCACACCACGGACAUCAGAAGCCCUUCCGCUGUGAACACACGUAUAAGUGCAUGUCGUGUCCGUUCUCCACCAUGACCAUCAUCCAGCUGAAGGAGCACUCGCUGCAGGAGCACGGAGAGACGCUCACGCUGCCCAAACUCAGAGCCGGAGCCCCGCUGCGCUCCACACGACCCAACACUGAACACGACGAGCAGGACACGGCCCUCGACCCACAAUGCACCGCGUCUGCGGGGUAUCUGGAGCCAGCAGAUGUUCAGCAGCAGUUGAGUCACUUCCAGCUGGCGUCUCGGGUCCAGGCCGAUGUUUCCUCCAGUCCGCCGCCGCCGCUCGAGAGUCCCGUUCCUCAGGCCCGGCCCGACUCCAUCCUCACCUGUGAGUUCUGCGAGUUCAGCUCCGGCUACAUGCAGAGUCUGCGCAGACAUUACCGCGACCGGCACGGAGGAAAGAAGCUCUUCAAAUGCAAGGACUGCUCCUUCUUCACCUGCUACAAGUCCACGUUCACGCUGCAUGUGGAGGGCGGUCACACCAGCGGCCCCGAGGAGCCUCCCAAAGAUCUGCGCUGCCCCUUCUGUCUGUACCACACCAAACACAAGAGCAGCAUGAUCGACCACAUCGUCCUGCACAGAGAGGAGCGCGUGGUCCCGCUGGAGGUGUCUCGCUCGAAGCUGUCUCGUCAUCUGAAGGGCCUGGUGUUCCGCUGUCACAAAUGCACCUUCACCUGCUCCAGCGAGCCGAACCUGCAGCAGCACAUCCAGAAGCACGAGGAGCUGAAGCCCUACCAGUGUCAGCUCUGCUACUACGACAGCAAACUCCUGCACGAGCUGGAGAUCCACCUGCACCAGGAGCACAAGGUGAUCCGUAACUUUGAGCUGGUGGGGCGGGUGAACCUGGACCAGCUGGAGCUGAUGAAAGACAAGACGAAGGACGUGAGCAGCAGUGAGGAGGAGGAGAGAGGAGAAGACGAGACUGAAGAGGAGGAGGAGGAGGUGGAGGAAGAGCUGAUGGAGGAGGAAGAUGAGGAGGAGACGAACAGCCAGACGGAGGUGACAGGUGUUGAGGAGUCUCCCAGCGGCAGCGGCGUCAAACGCUAUCCGUGUGAGUUCUGCGGCCGCACCUUCACACUCGGCUCCGAAUGGGAGCGACACGUCCUUCGACACGGCAUGACUGUUAAUGGCAGCAAGAAAGACGGCAGUCCUGUGCCCUCGUCAGCGCUGCCUCUGAUUGGUCCAGCAGCUGUGAGUGACAGAGGGCUGGACCUAUCCAGUAACACUGUGGAUCAGUCUGACCAAUCCAAGUGUCCGAUUCAGACCGAAGAAGACAAAGAGACCAAAAACGACCCUUAGGAGCAAAACGAAAGCUGUAGAGAAUGUCAUGCGUUCUGUUGUUUCGUCUGUCUGUUCACCGUUUGUUUUGUUGCAGAACAACAUCGGCUGCUUCUUGAGUAUUUGGUUUAAAAAGCUAG